AUGGUUAAUACAGAUCAUGAUCAAUUUUAUUUCGAUCUGAAACAUUAUUUUGACCGAUUUAUACCGAAUGAAGAUAACUUGGGUGUCAUUGAUGGAGAUGAUAAAUUAAAUUUGAUAGUUCAACCUAUCAGUAAAAGUGUUCGUCAUGCGCUUGAAUAUUUUGUCCAUGAUUUAAGACGUGAUCGAGAUCAAACUAUCCAACGAUUUCUUAAAGAAAAUAGUGUUAAUGAUAUUUUUCGUUCUAUUGCACAGUUGCUACUAAGCAACGAUGAUCGUGUUUCCGGUAAUAGUGCUUACAUUCUGGGUAGUACAGUAGAGUUAGAAGCCGGUCUCAAACAAUUUUUAAUUGUAUUUUCUGAUAAACACAAAUCAAACAAUGUUGAUGUCAUACGAAUACUAUGCUAUUUAUUGAAGCAUAUCGAUCCUGAAUGUGUUUUGAAUGCUGCUGGUACGCUCGGUACUAUAUGUAGCUCAAAAGAAGGCCGUGAUUUAGUAUUAAAUCAUGCGUGCAUUCCUCAAAUGAUUAUAAAUACAGCUGCACUAUUAUCGUCUACGAAUCCCUGGAUUGCCAGUAAUGUGGCAUUAGUACUUGCUCGACUCACCGUUGAAGAACUUGGUUGCCAAACAAUAUUAACGCAUUACAAACAUAAGGAAAUUUUAAAUCAACUUAUGUCAGCGCUUGAUAUUAAUGAGCCUAGUCGUGCGACAAAUGCUGCGUUUGCUAUUGGGCGUUUAAUAGAAAAAGAUGAAGGAAAGGCUACACUCGUUUCCGUUUGUGGACAAUAUAAAAUUUUUGAUGCAUUAUUACAUAUGCUCGAAUUACAUGAAGAGAAAGGCGUAAAUAAAAAUGCUUGCUAUGCUUUAAGUUGUUUGUGCACGACUAAAUAUGGUUUUCAAUUAUGUCUACAAUAUAUAACAAGUUUUCAUCGAAUAUUAUUAGUUAUUGAAGCCAUACUUUUGUCGAUGGAAAACGAAAAUGUUUGGUUUGCUCUAAUGUGUCUGAGAACAAUUGCGCAAUAUGAUGGAGCUGCCGAACACCUAUGUUAUUCACAAGCUCUACCAGAAAGACUCAAACAAAUAAAAGAUAAAUGGAGGAAUUUUAAAGAUAUUCAAGAUGAAGCGAAACUACUUUGGUAUAUGAUACAUAGAAAUAUGAAACCUAGCCGACCAAAUAUUGGUGAAUGUCGAAGUACUUCUGUUGAUUUAUCUUGGAGUUUGAAUGUAGAUACUUGGGAUGAUAGUGACUUGCAAUAUCGAGUUGUUCUUGAUGAUGUACCAAUAGCUGUUACAAAUGGGACAAAUUAUUGUUUAAAGAGUUUAAGACCAAAUACAAGUUAUAAUAUACAAAUUCAAUAUUUAACAUGUCAUGGUGAUAGUAUUCGUAGUGAUCCAGUUGUAUUUCGUACAGAUGAAGAAUUACCACCACCUGUGAAUAAUCUACAUGUUGUACGUCGAACCAUGACAGCAGCUCGUAUUGGUUGGGAACAGCCAGAUCUUAGUGCGUGCAAUUCAUUCAAAGGCUAUCAAGUUUAUUUAGAUAAUGUUGAACAUGAUUUUACUCCUGAAUGUGGAAGUACAAUUAGUUCAUUAACAGCUAGUACUGGGUAUCAAGUUGAUGUAUGUAUAGUCAGUAAUAAAGGCAAAGGACCACGAGUAUCAAUCCAUGUAAUUACUGCUUCUGCAGGCGAUGUAAAUCCAGCACCACCAACAUUUUCGAUAGUAGGCCGGCGUGAAUUGCAUAUUAAAUGGCAAUCUCCAGAUGUAAUAUCUGGUCGUUUUACUCGUUAUGAACUUUUCUGUAAUGGCCGAUGUAUUUAUUCCGGUAUUGAACAAGAAUAUCAUGCAACAAUGCUUAGAACGGAUACCGAAUAUAGUAUGGAAGUUAUGGUUAUUACGAAUGAAGGUCGAUUUCGUAGUCGACCAGCAAAAGUUCGCACAUUAAAAGACGAAUUUAGCAAUACACAUCGUCAUUCGCUCUAUGAGCCACCAACUCAAACUCAAUUUAAAAUGAAGCGAACAGAAACAUUCGACGCAUCAAUACUUUCCGGAACGCAUAAUAAUUAUGUGAACAGUAACAAUCACCAUAAUAAUACUUCUAAAGUAUCACCGAAAUCUGAACGACGUGCAUCUAGAGAAAUUACUUUACCAAAUCGAAAUUCAGAAGUGACCACUCUUCAUACAUUGCAAUUAAAAGCACAUACUUUAUCGAGUAGUCGAGCAUUGCCCGGAAUAGUAAAAGUUCCUCAAUCUCGUCCAGUUGCAACGGUAAAACCACGUCAAACUCAUCGACCAUUAAUAACUUCACUACCAUUAAAUCAACGACAACCUCAGGCACGAAUAACUGCGUCUGUUAUUGUUCCUACACUGGCACUGGACUCUGAACCUAAAAUGACAUGGGCAACACCUGUUCUACAUAAAGUAACACAAGCGACAUCAUAUCGACUUUCAGUAGCAUCAAAACAACACACAACUAUGAAUGAUUUAAAAAAAGUCGAUCGCUGUGCAUCGACUUCAUUGCCAGAUUUACAAUUAGAUUGUACACGAGCGAAGACAUUUAUUCAAUCAUAA